AAAUGCAGAUUUUAGAUGUAUCAUCUUCCAAAGAUAAAGAAGCAGCAGCAAGAUGUGGUUCGGUUUCUGGAAGCCAACAAGGUGGAGUUUGAGGAAGUGGACAUCACGAUGUCCGAGGAGCAGAGGCAGUGGAUGUACAAGAACAUCCCCCCGGAGAAGAGGCCGGCGCAGGGCAACCCUCUGCCCCCGCAGAUCUUCAAUGGUGACCGGUACUGUGGAGAUUAUGACAGUUUUUUUGAAUCAAAGGAGAGCAACACGGUCUUCUCAUUCUUAGGCCUGAAAUCGCAGCUGGCCUCAAAGGUGGAACCUUAGGGAAGACAAGUGGAAGAUGAUGGAGGUGCAUGCUGAAGCUUCCCUGGUACUCAGCACACACCUGCAUACGUGGUGUGUCACUGGGACAGAAACCACGUGCAUCACUGGUAGCUUUGCUUGCCACAAAAAGGUUUUUUUGGAAGACAUGGGUAUAGUAGGACUGCAUGAUUGCUUUAAACCAAAUCAGGACUGUGGUGGGUUUUUUCUUAUUUUCGUAAUUGCCUGAGUCAUCUCACUCACCUGGAGGUACUGUGGCCUGUUUCUUCUCUAGUGACUGGAAGACAAGUGGGUGGCACCAUCAGAGAAAACGCUGGGUCUUUCCUGGGCUGUAGCUAAUGCUCGUGUUGCUCAGACUUGCUUCUCUAAGCGUCUGGUUUGUACCCUUGAAAUCAGUUGCUAGGCUAUUAGAAUCUUUCGAUCAGAAGGAAAAAAAGCAAUGCUCAUUGACAAAGGGCAGAAGAUUUUUGCUGCAGAUUCACAAAUGUCACUCUUGCAGUGCUUUAUGUGGGCACCUGAGAAACAGUUUGGUGUCUUAGCCCCCUUUUGGUAGUGGGGACUCCUAACCCCAUGGCCUUCUAGCUCCUACAGGUGUUUCCCAAAGUCUCUGUUGCAACACUGUAUUAUCAGAACCACGUACAGGGCUGAAAACAAUCACUAUUUUGGAAAACAUGCUUCUUUAGCUCCUGCAAGGGGAAAGUUUCACCUAAAUGUGUAAGAUUGCUUAAAAGAUGUACUUUAAGAGGUACACUCAUUAGAUAGCAAAUUUAUAGUAAAAUUAUCUGACUCAUAUCUGAAGGUAUGGUCAGCUCGAGUCACUUGUAUUUUUAAAUGAGGCUCCCCUAAUAGCUGCUUAUUCUAUUUUGUGAAGGGACUAUAUUUUCUUGAGAAAGGAAGGUCUUGGCUAGAUAUAUUUUGUGAACCCUUGAAGGUCAUAUUAAAAUAUGCUAAUAAUGCUGUACAGUUCAA